CACUACUAUAUAACAAAUAAUUUGAGCUUAAAAGCAUCAGAGGAAACCUUGGCAAGAAAUGCUAUCGUGUUUCUUUCUGGCGAUCGUAGGAGCGGUGACAGUUCAGUCUGGAGAUGCUAUUGCCUACACGUUAGAGAAACCAAACGGAGACAAUAUGAACGGUUCAGGAUGGCAGAUAAGCAGGGUGGUAAUUUCCAAGGACAACAAGGAGAAUACUGUUUGUGGAGGCAGAAUGGACAAUGCCACCAUCUUAGUGCUCUGCUCAAUGAAAGGGUAUAUGAAGUACGAUCAGCUGGAUCCCGACGAGAGUUUGACCUGGUCACGUGACCUCAGUAUCGGAUACUCAGCCAAGUGCACCAAGUGGGACGACUUGGAUAGCUGUACCAUCACCGAUAAUACCGCCUGUACCAAGCUACUUGUCAUUAAUUGCACGUCGCACUACGAGAUGGUAUUAGGGGGAGGUGUGUCCACUAACGGUAUGCUGAUUCCCGCCAUCCUUAUACCUGUGUGUAUUCUCUACGUGAUAGUUCUGUGUUACCUCGAAAGUGUAGAUGUCAGGAAGACAGAAAAAGCCAGGAAACAAACUCUGAAAGGAGAGCCAGCCAAAACGAACAAGAGCAAAGAGGGAUCGGUGUGAAGAUCACACAUCACAUGGAACUCAUCUGAAUAAGAGUGAUUAUCACACUUAAAGCUGAAGUGAGAUCUCAAGCUGAUCUAUCUCUACAGUAGUUAGCAUUGAGGGACCUGAUGUAUUUCAGCUCUGACUCUCUGAGAGUUAUAUACCAAACAUGACUGGGAGAGCACAAGAGAGACGAUGAAACUUUUGUAUAGGGGUUACUAAAACUUUCAGUGGAGUUCGCCACGUUUUCAUGGCAAAAGUUAACUGUCUGAUGCUUGCCAAGAAGUGUUUUAUUCAAAUGAUGCUAGAGAGGGGUUGUUAAUUUUUGAUUUUUACAGGAUAAAAUGAUAUAACUUUUUGGAUUAAUGGGCUUACAAUGAAAUCAUUAGUAUUUCCAAAUAUUAAGUACAAAAAUACAUACUUUACGAGAUCUAGGAUAUAUAACUUGAUCAAUUCAAUCAUAUUAUGUACAUUUUAAUAGUGGAAAUGGGCGUUUGGUUAACGCUGAAAUUAUAUAACUCAAAACUAACAAUUUCUAAAACUCCUAUAUUAAUAGUCUCAACAAGUUGAUUGUGGUUGGUUCAUAUCAGUUCAUAUCAGUUCGUGGAUUUCAGUUAUUGUCCAUUCUUAAAAAACAA